UUGCAUCUAAAUGAAAGUUACAACCUGGCAACCUCCAACCUCCAAAAAUUUAUGUUUCUUCCAUCUUUAUAUACUUACUUUACUUACCCCCAAUUCAUUUCCUUACUUACCUCAAUUAAGUACUUGGCCCCAUCAUAUGUACUCUACACCUUAUACCAUAUCCACCGCCUCAUGCCCCCAUCACAUGUCUUACUAUAUAAAUAUAUAUAUAUACAUCUUUGUAAAGUGAGUAACUUGUUUUGCAUAUGAGAAAGGAAAUUAGUCUUUGAGGUUCUUUUUAUUUAAAAUAUUUGAGUGCUAUAUACAUACAUACAUACAUACUAGUGGUAGUGGAAAAUGGUGGGUAUUAUAUCUUUGAUAACUGGGAUUGCUGGUCCAAGUGGGUUUGGGUCAGCUUCAACAGCAGAUCAAGUUACAGAAGGAAUUGAUGCUAGCAACCUUACCAUAAUAAUCACAGGAGGAGCAAGUGGUAUAGGUUUAGAGACAACAAGAGUUUUAGCUCUUAGAAAGGCACAUGUCAUAAUCGGUGCAAGAAACAUGGAAUCUGCAGAGAAAGGCAAGCAACAAAUAACACAAGAGAAUAAAUCUGCAAGAGUUGACAUAAUGAAACUGGACCUAUGCUCAACUAAAUCUGUCAGAUCAUUUGUCGACAACUUCAUUGCUCUUGAUCUUCCUCUCAACAUCUUAAUAAACAAUGCUGGAAUAAUGUUCUGCCCCUUCAAGCUAUCAGAUGAGGGGAUUGAGAUGCAAUUUGCAACAAACCAUCUUGGCCAUUUCCUCUUAACAAAUCUUCUUCUUGACAAAAUGAAACAAACUGCAAAAACAACUGGAAUAGAGGGAAGGAUCAUAAAUCUAUCAUCAAUUGCUCAUAGAUACACUUACUGCAGAAAGGGGAUUAGAUUUGAUAAGAUCAAUGAUAAAAAAGGUUAUUCUAAGAAGAAGGCCUAUGGACAAUCCAAGUUAGCCAACAUAUUACAUGCAAAUGAACUCUCUCGUCGCCUACAGGAAGAAGGUGUGAACAUUACAGCUAAUUCUGUCCACCCAGGAGUGAUCAUGACUCCUCUUAUGAGAUACUCUUCUUACCUUAUGCACUUCUUUAAGAUAUUCAGCUUUUACAUUUGGAAGAACGUUCCACAGGGAGCAGCCACUACAUGCUAUGUUGCACUUCACCCAAAUGUGAAAGGUGUAACUGGAAAGUACUUUGUGGAUUGCAAUGAACUCAAGCCAAGUGCAUUUGCAAAAAAUAAACAAUUAGCUAAGAAACUUUGGGAUUUCAGUAACAAAUUGAUCAAUUCAAUUUCAAAAGCUUGAUUGAGAACACUUGGGCUUUGUUUGGUUCACCAUUAUCAUAUAUUAUAUGUUACAUUAUGUAAUGUACUAAUUAAGCUACUCUUUUGAUUACGGUUAAAAUUUCUUGUUCUAUGAGAAUGUUUCUAAACAAGGUUGUUGUGAUGUGAUUAUUGUCA